AUCGUUGUGUCUUGUUGAUCGAGAACCGAAACAGCUGCCAACUCAAAAGCCGAGAAGGAUAACUGCAUCGCCGAUAUACGGUUCCGCCUCCGAGAUUUGGUUGAGACAUCAAAGCCCCCCAGACCUAGCCGAACCGGAAGCUAGACAACCCCACGCCGGUUUUUCAACCCAUCCAUACAACAACCUACAGUCCCGACACCAGACCUAUUUAUUUGCUGUGUGCCGGUUUUCUUCCCAAGACUUCUUUCUUGUUGUCCCCCGAUUGUGACAGCGUUAUAUACUUCGCCCUUUCCUUCUCCAACCAACCAACCAACUAUUCCCAGCUACCUCACCAGCCAGGGAACCACCGACCUUCACAUAACCGCCACAAUGCCGUCAGCAGAGAGUACCCCCCGUACCCUUUACGACAAGGUCUUCCAGGCCCAUAUCGUCGACGAGAAGCUUGACGGUACCAUUCUCCUCUACAUUGACCGCCACUUGGUCCACGAAGUCACCUCUCCUCAAGCUUUUGAGGGCCUCGAGAACGCCGGACGCCAAGUUCGCAGGCCAGACUGCACCCUCGCUACCACCGAUCACAAUGUCCCUACCACCUCCAGGAAAGCGCUGAAGGAUAUCGCCAGCUUCAUCAAGGAGGAUGAUUCGAGGACGCAGUGCGUCACCCUCGAGGAGAACGUCAAGAAGUUCGGCAUCACAUACUUUGGCCUCAGCGACAAGAGGCAAGGUAUCGUCCACGUCAUCGGCCCCGAGCAGGGCUUCACCCUUCCCGGCACCACGGUCGUCUGCGGUGACUCCCAUACUUCUACCCAUGGCGCUUUCGGCGCUCUCGCUUUCGGUAUCGGCACCUCCGAGGUCGAGCACGUCCUCGCCACCCAGUGCCUUAUCACCAAGCGCAGCAAGAACAUGCGGGUUCAGGUCGACGGUGAGCUUGCGCCCGGUGUGAGUUCCAAGGAUGUCAUCCUCCACGUUAUUGGUCAGAUCGGUACUGCCGGCGGUACUGGUGCCGUCAUCGAGUUCUGCGGCUCCGUCAUCCGCAGCCUCAGCAUGGAGGCCCGCAUGUCCAUCUGCAACAUGUCGAUCGAGGCCGGCGCCAGAGCCGGUAUGGUGGCUCCCGAUGAGAUCACCUUCGAGUACCUCAAGGGCAGGCCCCUUGCCCCCCGCUACGGAUCCGAGGAGUGGAACAAGGCCGUCGCCUACUGGAAGUCUCUCGCCUCCGACCCCGAUGCCAAGUACGAUAUCGAUGUCUUCAUCGACGGCAAGGAUAUCAUCCCCACUGUUACCUGGGGUACCUCCCCCGAGGACGUUGUCCCCAUCACCGGUGUUGUCCCCGACCCCGAGACCUUCGCUACCGAGGGCAAGAAGGCUGCUGGCCGUCGCAUGAUCGAGUACAUGGGCCUCGUUCCCGGCACCCCCAUGGAGGACAUUGAGGUCGACAAGGUCUUCAUCGGCUCCUGCACCAACUCUCGUAUCGAGGAUCUCCGCGCUGCCGCCCAGGUCGUCAAGGGCAAGAAGAUCGCCGCCAACAUCAAGCGCGCCCUCAUCGUCCCCGGUUCCGGUCUCGUCAAGGACCAGGCCGAGGCUGAGGGUCUCGACAAGAUCUUCCAGGAGGCCGGUUUCGAGUGGCGCGAGGCUGGUUGCUCCAUGUGCCUCGGCAUGAACCCCGACAUCCUCUCCCCCAAGGAGCGUUGCGCCUCCACCAGCAACCGCAACUUCGAGGGUCGCCAGGGUGCCCAGGGCCGCACUCAUUUGAUGUCCCCCGUCAUGGCCGCCGCCGCCGCCAUCGUCGGCAAGCUCGCCGACGUGCGCAAGCUCACUGACUACAAGUCCAGCCCGCAUGUUGAGGCCGCUGUCAUUCCUGAAACCACCUCCACCGCCAAGGCCCACAUUGACGAGCGCAUUGAGGAGGAUGAUGUCGAGAAGGACAAGCUCGCCGACCAGCCCCAGGACUCCUCUCCCCAAGUCAACACCUCGGUCUCCAAGUCCUCUGCUGGCCUCCCCAAGUUCACCAACCUCAAGGGCAUCGCUGCGCCCAUGGAGAAGGCGAACAUCGACACGGACGCCAUCAUCCCCAAGCAGUUCCUCAAGACCAUCAAGCGCACCGGUCUCGGCUCCGCCCUCUUCUACGAGAUGCGUUACAACCCUGACGGCAGCGAGAACCCCAACUUUGUCCUCAACCGUGAGCCGUACCGCUCCUCCAAGAUCAUCGUCUGCACAGGCUCCAACUUUGGCUGCGGCUCCUCGCGCGAGCACGCCCCCUGGGCGCUCAACGACUUCGGCGUCAAGUCUGUCAUCGCCCCUUCCUUCGCCGACAUCUUCUUCAACAACUCCUUCAAGAACGGCAUGCUGCCCAUCCCGCUCAAGGACCAAGCCGCUCUCGAGCGCGUGCACGCCGAGGCCGCGGCCGGCCGCGAGAUCGAGAUCGAUUUGCCCAACCAGCUAAUCAAGGACGCUGACGGUAACACCCUCUGCGAGUUCGAGGUCGAGGAGUUCAGGAAGCACUGCCUCGUUAACGGGCUGGACGACAUCGGUCUGACGAUGCAGAUGGAGGAUAAGAUUGCCGAGUAUGAGGCGAAGAUGAGCCAGCAGACGCCUUGGUUGGAUGGACGCGCGUAUCUCAAGAGGAAGGGACAGGGUGGCAAGUUGGUGGCUAAGGCGGUCCCAGUACCGAAGACCAACCGCGGGGAGGAGAAGAAGGAGCCGCUUGAGUGGUAAAAGAGUCAUAUGGCAUCAUCAACAAAAAAGUCAAAGGGUUCCAAAGAAAAGGAAAAAAAGGUUAGCGCCGCCAUAGAAAGGGAAGCGGCUGGUUGUUAGCGGACGAAUGAGUCAUGGUUUUUUUUUUUCUUUUCUUG